AUGGGCAGCACACCGGCGGCCGCGCCGCUGCCCUCGGCGCUGCCCAGCCACCUGGCACGCUCCAUCGCCAGCGUGCUCGAGACGCCGGCCGCCUCGUCCUUCUCCCUCACCGCCUACCUCAACACGCUGCUGCCCAGCGCCGCGGCGCUGACGCCCGAGACGCUUGCCGGCGCGUCCGCUGCGCUCGACGAUGAGGCUGCGCGCUCAGACGCUCAGGUCGCUGAGCUCAUCGGGGCGCUGCGAGCCCGCGCCGCCGCGCUGCAGGACGGGCGGCAGGGCGACGCCGAGACGGUGCCGCAGCUCAUGCAGCAGCUCGAGCAGAUCCGCGAGAAGGCCAGCCAGAGCGAGGCGGCCAUGCGCGAGAUCACGCGUGAGAUCAAUGCGCUGGACCGUGCAAAGCGCAACGUCGUGGGCAGCAUGACGGCGCUGAAGCGGCUGUGGAUGCUCGUCAACGCCGUCUCCUCUCUGUCGCGGCUCACGAGUGCUGGGCGCUACGCUGCGGCAGCAGAGUCGCUGGCUGCCGUCGAGUCGCUGCGUGCUCCGUUUGCGACGUCGUAUGAGGGCGUCGAGCGGUUACGACGGGUCACGAUCGAGGUCGAGAGCCUGCGUGCAGAGCUCGAGAAGAAGGCCCGCGGCGAAUGGGAGAACAACUUCGCAUCGUCCUCCCAAACGCCCAACCAGUCCACUGUGCUGCUCUCUGCAGCACAGGCUCUUGACGCGCUCGGACCAGGCGUCGUCAGCUCUUUCCUCAACUGGUACACCAACACGGCACUGGCGGAGUACCGGCGCAUCUUCCGGCCGACAGACGAAGCUGGCCAGCUAGACAAUGUGUCGCGGCGCUAUGCGUACUUCCGCCGCAUCCUCAAGACGCACGACGAGGAGCGCGAAGCUGUCUUCCCGCCCUCCUGGCGCGCCGCGACGGUCCUGAUGCGCCGCUUUGCCGAGAUGACGCGCGAGGACGUGCGCAGUGCGCUCAUUCGCGAAGGCAGCAGGCUGAAGGUGGAGACGCUGCUCGAGGCAUUGAAUGCCACGCUUGAGUUCGAGACGGCGAUGAGCCGCAGGUUCAGCAAGCCUUUCGCUGAGCUCACGGCGCCGCCAUCGCCGUCCGGAGAUGCGCCUCUCGCUGGCGCAACGGGACCGACGCUCUCCUCCGCCUUCGAUCCGCACCUCGGUCUCUUCGUCGAGGCGCAGGACAAGGUGCUCGCCGAUAUGUUCGCGACGUACCGCCGCAGCGGGCCGCGGGCCUCGCUCGAAGGCGCCGACGGCUCAGGCGAGGGCAAGGGCGAGGAGAGCAGCGUGCUGCCGUCCUCCACCGAGCUCUUCUACUUCUACCGCCUCACGCUGGAGCAGUGCGCGCGCCUCUCGACGCGCCAGCCGUUCCGCGACCUCUGUUCCGUCUUUGCGCGCUAUCUGCGCGCCUAUGCCGACGAGGUCCUGCGGCCAGGCCUGCUGCGGACCGACACGGGACGUCGCUCGGUCGACGCCCGCGGCAGCACGCAGGAGCUACAGCGCGUCUGUCGUGUGCUGAACACUGCCGACUACUGCAAGGUCACCGCUGCACAGCUCGAGGAGAAGCUGCGCGAGAAGAUUGACGCAGAGUACCGCGAGGGGGUUGAUCUGGAGGGCGAGCAGGAGGCAUUCGUUGGCGUCAUCUCUGCCGCGAUUGCCAACCUGGCGCGGGAAGUUGAGAUCGCCAUCGAGCCGCCGUUCUCCUCGAUGCUGCGGCCGCCGAUCCCGUGGAGCCAGCUCGACGAGGCGUCAGGGAAGAGCCAGUACGUCGACGACGUGGCCGGCGCUCUCGAACACGUCGCCGUCGUAGUGCGGCAGGAGCUCGAGAACAAGCGCUACGUGCGCAGCUGGAGUGACAAGGUGGUCGGCAUCGUGCUUGCACGCUUCACGCACACGCUCGUCAAGCUCAAGCCGCUGCAGCGCAAUGUGGCACAGCAGCUGCUUCUCGACAUCCGAGAGAUCAAGCGCACUCUGCUGGAGCUGCCGCGUUACUCGCUUGCAGAGGAAGGCAGCACCGCCGCUGCUGCAUCAUACCAACGCUACGUCAGCAAAGGCACGCAGCGACUCGAGACGCUGCUGGAGAUCCUCGCCCUCGGCGACGACGGCCCAGAGGCUCUCAUCGACGCGUACAUCCAGCAGAUCGGCGAUCGGUCAUCGUCAAACUUUCAAAAGAUCCUCGACCUGAGAGGAGUCCGGCGUGUCGAGCAGAAUGCCCUCAUGGACGCGUUCGUCGCCGUCACAUCGCAGUCUGCUGACCUCACGGACACGUCCUUCCUCACGUCGCUUGACAUGGACCCGCCGGCCAACGCGCCGUUCGCGCAAGCCACGACGCCGACACCGUUCCUGUCGUUCGGGCUGGGCGACGGCACGAGCACGCCGCCCAACCCGCCGGCGCGGCACGGCUUCGCCAGUCCCGACCGCGGCGGUGGCGCCGGCGAGGGCGGCGGAGCGGCGCGUGCCUUUGGCGACCUGCGCCGCUUCGGCAGCAUGCUCGUCGGCCGCAAGGAGGAGUCGCGGGGGCGGUAG